AUGCAUUCUACAUUUGGACAACAAGUAGCAGCAUUACUUCAGAAAUGCGCAAUCAUUAAGAAAAAGAAUAAGGUAGAAACAUUUUCAGAGUUCUUUAUUGGUAUUCAUCAGAGUGGUAGUGUCUACUCACCGGUAUCACCAAACUAUGUGGUUAGCAACACGAUGCCAUUGCUUGGCUACGUAGAUCUCACCGGAUCCAACACAACUCGAAGCCUUUUCAACUAUACAGAUUUCCCGAUCGACAAAAUGGUUAGUUUCACCGAUGAAUCUUCCAUGAUUGACACUUACCUUGACAAUCCCGAAAAGUAUUGGGGUGGUAUCAUCUUUAAUGCCAUCGAUGUAGCCGACAACAUUAUCAACUACACCAUUAGACUAAACAAUACAUAUUCAAACAAUAUCCAAGGAUCACCAUAUCCUUAUAUAGAGCAAAAUAUUCUAUCUGCAUUCAUUAAAAUGAAAACAGGAAAUAGUAGUCUUAAUUUAACACUUACUACAACAGAGUAUCCAGUUCCUGUCAAUCCAUAUAGCAAGACUAUCUUUAAUUACCUUUUCCCAAUUUAUUUCCCUCUAUUCUUUAUGUACACAUUACAACAAUUGAUCAUCUUGUUGGUCACCGAAAAGAAAGACGGAAUCAAAGAAGGUUUGAAAGUAUCUGGUAUGCGUGAGAGUGCCUACUGGACAUCGAAUAUUAUCAUGCAAGUUGUAAUGAAUAUCCUUUUAAUCGUAGUAGUCGAAAUAUUAUGUUAUGCUACAAAGAUUUUCCAUUACUGUUCACCAAUUAUGAUAUUCAUAUCAUUCUUUUUAUACUCUUUGACAUUGUCAUCAUUGGGAUUUUUAAUUUCAGCAUUUUUAAGCAAUCCAAAAUCAGGUAGCGCAUUGUCCGCUCUCAUUGUAUUGCUUGGAAUUGGAUUGUCUUGUCUCUAUCAAUUCUACUUGAAUACCAAAGUACCAAGCAUUAAAUGGUUAUUCUAUUUAUUCUCACCAUGUGCAUUCGGUGCGUUCCUCUCUCAACUCUCAUUCUCAGAGAAUCAAAAUCUUGCCGUCUCAUGGACCGAUCCAAACUUUACUGAAUCCACUGCAUUCUUGGUGAUUGACUUUAUUCUCUACGCUGUCAUUGCAUGGUAUGCAAUUGAAGUGUACCCAGGUGAACAUGGAACCGGAAAGCCAUACUUGUUCUUCUUGCAAAAAGACUACUGGUUCCAAUCCUCCGCUCCAGUUUAUGGAAAGAAUGUCAAUGGUAGCAGCUCAGAGAUCCGCAAAAUCAACGGCAGCAGCAGUGGUCACGGUAUAGAACUACGUGAUCUCUACAAGGAAUACAACUCACCAACUGUCAAAGAUCAGAAAGUUCACGCAGUCAAUGGAUUGUCACUCAACAUUCCACAAGGUACUAUUUUUGCAUUACUUGGACAUAAUGGUGCUGGUAAAUCUACUACAAUGAAUAUCUUGUGUGGUAUGAUUCCACCCACUAGCGGAAAUGCAUUCAUCAAUGGCUUGAGUGUUAAGAAUCAAAUGGAUUUCAUUCGUAGAAGCAUUGGAUUCUGUCCACAAAACAAUAUUCUCUAUGCACAAUUGACAUGCGCCGAACAUCUUCGACUCUUUGGAAAGAUCAAAGGUGUCCCAGCAAAUGAAUUAGAAUCUUCGAUCUCCAGAUCACUCCAAGAAGUUGGUUUGAGCGAAAAAAAAGACACCAUCUCCUCUUCCCUGAGUGGUGGUAUGAAACGUCGUUUGAGUUUGGCAAUGGCAUUCAUUGGUGAUCCAUCCAUUGUCUUUUUGGAUGAAUGUACUACCGGUCUUGAUCCAAUGGCUCGUCAUCAAGUAUGGGAAUUGCUACAAAAAAAGAAAGUUGGAAAAACAAUUGUAAUGACAACUCAUUUUAUGGAAGAAGCAGAAUUACUUGGUGAAUCUAUUGGUAUUAUGUCGAAAGGUAAACUUCGUUGUAUGGGUACGGCAUUGGAAUUGAAGGCACUCUUUGGUUUGGGAUAUAUAAUCUCUUUCUCCAUCGAUCGUCAUGUCAAAUCUCUCCAACCAUUUGAAGACUACUUUAUGAGUAGAUUCAAAGAUGCUGUACCAGGCAAACAAAACUCCAACAUUCCAAAAGAAAACGGUGAUUUUGAAUUGUCAUACUCGUUAUCACAUCAAAUCUCUGAGAACUUGUCAGAUUUCUUCCAAGAAGUUGAAUCCAGGCAAGAGGAGUUCUCUGUAAAGAGAAUAGGUAUUUCCAUGACAACCCUCGAAGAAGUUUUCUUAAAGAUUCAAUCGGAGACUCACGAACACAGUGAUCAAUCUUUUGAACAUUAA